AUGCCAAACAGCAGCAAAACCGAGUACAGCUCCCUUGUGAAGGACAGCAAAGAGAAGGGCCAAAACAUGUACUCGCAGGAGAUCGAGGCAAUGAUGUACACGUGCGGAGAUGUGCGCAUGCCUGAAAAAGAGUCCAGCGCGUACAUGGAACAGAUCAUCUACGUGCAGAUGAAGAUACUGCUGAGCAAGGCACACGAGAUAUCAAAAACGAAAGGAAGCAAGAAAAUAAGCAUAGAAGACAUUGUGUUUCUGAUGAGAAAUAAUCCAUACAGAGUUAAAAAGCUUUCAAACUACAUCACAUUCAAAGACGUAAGGAACAAAGUGAACAGAGACGUUAUUUCUCUCAGAAACACUGCAGAGACAAAGCUGAAGUACAGCUGGCUCCCAAAGAACGUGUACGAGAGAUACGAAGAAAUGCACGGCAGGCUGUAUGCCAUCGACAAAAUGACGGAGGGAAUGACAAAGGAAGAGUACCUAGACUUCACAGAGUGCAGACAGGCAUCAUUUACGUUCAGAAAAGGGAAAAGGUUCAAAGAGUUCCUUAAUACAGACUACAAGAUAAAAGACGAUCUUUUGGACAUUUUGGGAUUUCUAGCGUGCGAGAUCGUGUUUGACAUAAUCAGCAUGGCGUGCAAGAUAAGCACAAUUAAGUCCAAAAAGCCUGAAAUAGACACAGAUGUAAAGGGCAUGUUCAAAGCCAAGACGAGCAAGCAUCCUGUCACAAUAGCAGAUAUUGAUGAAGCCUGCAGGAGGCUGAAGAUAAAGCAUAUUAUAUACUAG